UGACAUCAUCAUAAUAAAUCCAGCGGCGCUUGCCGCGUAUAUAAAGAGAAAACGCAGCAUCACCCAGCACACAUUUUUUAUGACGCAGCAUUGAAACAGAUCGGAAGCUGUGAUAGCAUCGUUCAAUUUGAACAUCUAGAAUCAGUUAAAAUGGUUCAGUUAGGAGUUACAUCUCCGGAAAGCCAGAAAGAGCAGGAAUUGAAGAAACCCAUUGCACAGGAUGUCGUAGUCGUCACAGUACCGACAGCGUCGCCAGCGGCGAGAGGCAAAGACGGAUGUUGCACCAAGCGAGUCGUCCUAGGCGUGGCCGUAGUCAGCAUACUGGUUGCAUUGGCCUUGGGCGGUACCGCGCUUGGAUUGCACCUGCGCCAUAGAGCUCACCAUCGGCAGUGCAUGGACUGGGGAUGUGGUGAUAAUGACAUGCAUCCGCCCAUGCCCUACGGCGAUGACGCUAUAUAUCCUGAAGACUAUCCUGCCGACCAUCGUACGGACGAACAUGGCUCGGGCGACCAUGAUGGCGACCGUCACGAUGGCGACCGUCACGAUGGCGACCGUCACGAUGGCGACCGUCACGAUGGCGACCGCCACGAUGGCGACCGCCACGAUGGCGACCGCCACGAUGGCGACCGCCACGAUGGCGACCGCCACGAUGGCGACCGCCACGAUGGCGACCGCCACGAUGGCGACCGCCACGAUGGCGACCGCCACGAUGGCGACCGCCACGAUGGCGACCGCCACGAUGGCGACCAUCACGAUGGCGAUCAUCACGAUGGCGACCGUCACGGUGGAGAUCAUCACGAUGGCGACCGUCACGAUGGCGACCAUCACGAUGGCGACACCCAUGGAGAAGGUCGCCGACCCCACCCUCCUUACCGUCGCUAGAGUGCACACAAACGGCCUUUCAUUUCUGGAGAGAGCUAUUCGCACCCGUUUAAAUAUUACGUUUGAUGAUUGAUAUUGGUGUAUCAUUUGUAUAAAUUGUAAAAAAAAGAAAUCCGAUGAUGUCAUCAACCUUGAGCAAUCAUUGGUUUUAUGUCGUUUAUCUUGACAUUCAAUUACAUUUUCCGCUAUUGCCUGCGUUUUGUCGAAACUUAUUUGCGCCGAAUGUCUCGUUUUAGAGGAUAUUUUUUGUUGGAAAGCUAAAACCCUGAAGUCUUUCAUUUUCCUUAACAAAAAUCGAAGACAAAAUAAUCGAAGAUCAGCAAAGACUCGAGAAGCUUUGCUGCUAACUGUACAAUGGUAUUUGCACCUGUUUCAUCUGUUAAGUGACGUUUCUUGAUGGGUUAUGAAAACAUAUCUUUGGAUCUACUUAUGUUCCGUGUCUGCUCCGUGAUGUAAUUGUUUCUUGUGAAAAGCGCAUGCGUGUACCCGAAAUGGUCUACGCGCAUUUAAAUUCCUAACUUGAUCUCAGCACGGAAAGUUACUUGAUAUAGUGCAUAUUAUGAGGUGUGAUCUUACUAAUCACCGCCCGUAAUCCAUCAGUCCAACGUUUAUAGGAGGCCCCCUUUCAAUGGUGAAAUCAUUGUGCUGUAUGUCGUUCAAUUAGCUGUCAAGGGUCAGUUGCUUUCAAUGUGUUCGCCAUUGAAGGGGGGCGUCGGUGAAUGCACAUUGAUAGCGUUCUGGAAAUUGUCAUUCAUUGUUACCAUUUCUAUUCUUAGCUCCCAAAAGCAGGGUCAUGAUACUAUUACUAUUUUUGUUCCGAAAUGUGUAAAUAAACAGCUCGAUUGGGAAGUUUUACUUUUGAAUAAAGUUAUUUAAUAUGCACUUGUAAAUACUAAGUUGACAAUAAAUAACGCAAAACGUCAAAACGCC